GCGCUGGGAGUCCCCGUCGCUCUUCUGCCUGACGCUGGCGAGACCGGGGGCCGAGAUGGACAUCGUGCGCGCCGCGUUGUCCGAGACUGCCGGCAUAUUCGAGUGCGAGGAGUACACCGUCUUGAGCAACCAGGACCAGGGCGCCACCAGGGGCCAAGCGGCGGAGGAGGUGACCAUCGGCCAGGGUAUCGUCAGCAAAGUGAUCGAAAUGAUCGACGGAGGGCUCUCCAAGGACGGCACGUCGGCAAACACGCUGACCUUCAUAAACGUGUGGGAGGCCAUCUUGCAGGACGGCAGGUACGAGAACCACGACUUCACGGUCAAGGUCGACCCCGACACGGUGAUGCUGCCCUCCAGACUCCGGACGGCUCUUGUGGGCUUCGUCGGGAGCAACGUCUACGUGCCCAACUGCGACCUCACCGACCUGUACCCGGGCACCGUCGACUACCCGAUGAUGUACGGGUCGCUGGAGGUGCUGUCCAAGGACGGACGCCCUGA